CGUCAUGCAGUAUAAAAGCUGCGAGCACUGUGGCGGGGACGCGCAGAAGGUUCGGGACUCGGUGUUGACAGCUGCGAUUACAGGGACUUCACACCGGAAACAUGAGGGAGAUCGUGCAUCUGCAGGCCGGACAGUGCGGCAACCAGAUCGGUGCCAAGUUCUGGGAAGUCAUUAGCGACGAGCAUGGCAUCGACCCCACAGGAACCUACCAUGGAGACAGCGACCUGCAGCUGGAGAGAAUUAAUGUCUACUACAAUGAGGCCUCAGGUGGGAAGUACGUCCCCAGGGCCAUCCUCGUAGACUUGGAACCUGGCACCAUGGAUUCCGUACGCUCCGGACCAUUUGGACAGAUCUUCAGGCCGGACAACUUUGUGUUUGGUCAGAGUGGUGCUGGAAACAACUGGGCCAAGGGUCACUACACUGAGGGGGCAGAGCUGGUGGACUCGGUCAUGGAUGUGGUGAGGAAGGAGUCUGAGAGCUGCGACUGUCUUCAGGGCUUCCAGCUCACCCACUCUCUGGGCGGAGGGACCGGCUCUGGAAUGGGAACCCUUCUCAUCAGCAAAAUCAGGGAGGAGUAUCCUGACCGUAUCAUGAACACCUUCAGCGUGGUGCCCUCCCCCAAAGUGUCCGAUACCGUGGUAGAACCGUACAACGCCACCCUCUCCGUGCACCAGCUGGUAGAAAACACAGACGAAACCUACUGCAUAGACAAUGAGGCUUUGUAUGACAUCUGCUUCCGCACCCUCAAGUUGACCACCCCCACCUACGGCGACCUUAAUCACUUGGUCAGCGCAACGAUGAGCGGUGUCACAACUUGCUUGCGCUUCCCGGGUCAGCUGAACGCUGACCUCCGUAAACUGGCUGUCAACAUGGUCCCCUUCCCACGUCUUCACUUUUUCAUGCCAGGUUUCGCCCCGCUGACAAGCCGUGGCAGCCAACAAUACCGUUCCCUAACUGUCCCCGAGCUCACCCAGCAGAUGUUCGACUCCAAAAACAUGAUGGCUGCUUGCGACCCAAGACAUGGACGUUACUUGACCGUGGCAGCUGUGUUCAGAGGCCGCAUGUCCAUGAAAGAAGUGGACGAGCAGAUGUUGAAUGUCCAGAACAAGAACAGCAGUUACUUUGUGGAAUGGAUCCCCAACAAUGUCAAGACCGCUGUGUGCGACAUCCCGCCCCGAGGUCUGAAGAUGGCCGCCACCUUCAUCGGCAACAGCACUGCCAUCCAAGAGCUGUUCAAGCGCAUCUCCGAGCAGUUCACCGCCAUGUUCAGACGCAAGGCUUUCCUUCACUGGUACACGGGAGAGGGCAUGGACGAGAUGGAGUUCACCGAGGCCGAGAGCAACAUGAACGACUUGGUGUCGGAAUACCAGCAGUACCAGGACGCCACCGCAGAAGAGGGAGAGUUUGAGGAAGAGGGAGAAGAAGAGGUUGCUUAAAUCCACACACUUCUCCUGCCCAUCAAACGAUUAACCCUCCAUCCCAUCAUGCCAUCCUAAGUCUCAUCACCAGAUAGCCAGACAUUACCACCCCACCCCCAGUAAUCACAGCAGAGCCUCUGAAUAGGUGACUACACGGUCUGCAAUAUGCUGGUAUCUCCAUGGUUCCUGAAGACAUCUUGGUGUCUUACGUGUUGUAGCCCGGGCCCUGGUGCCAGACCAGUCGUGAUGACUUGGUAUCAUGGUCUAGCAUGUCUGCAUGAGCUGGAGAACCGCUUGCUCCUAAUAAUCAUGGAGGAUUGUGGGAUAGUUCUUGAUGUCCUGGUUUAAGAACGUAAUUUGUUAUCGUCCUUGACUGCCAUGUGCUCCUCAUCUGUGUUUUUAGAUUGUGCCAUGUGCACAUGUGUGCCCCCCCCCCCCCCCCCCCCCAUCAUUUAUGGGAUCGGAAACUAGUUUCAGUAUUGUAGGGGGUCAGGGGCCUAACCUAAUCUUCUCCUUCUGACUACUUGCACUGCCGUUUUUUUGUUUAUUUACCUGUUCCGAGGCUCUGCUGUCCACAUACCGCAGCUCAGUCACUUACCAAACGCCAUGCUAAUUACUGCGUCACCUUGGCUUCUGUGCAUGACGAGCCCAACCCUUUGACAAUAGCACACCUUUUCUUUAUUUUUUCUUUAUUUUUUUUUUUGGCGUAGGCCUCUUUAACUGUGACUACUCUGCACUCCCUGGUGAGGAGGACGUUACACCGCCCUCUAGUGGCACCAACCUAUUAAUUGAUCCAUUCCUUGCACUCAUGAGGAUGGCAGAUUACACCUCCUUUCCACCAGCCCCAGGUGUCUUUUUGCCGCAUUUCUUUUUGUCUGUAUGGUUUCAGUGAGUACAUAACAUGUGAUUGUGAUUCUGUCACCCGUAUCAUUGGACCUUUGGCGCACAGGAUAACGUCACUUGCCCCCGGCCACGCUAUUAAGCCUGCACACUACUGAAUAAAAGCCUGUGCGAAAACCA